CGACAUUGAAGAGAAAAAUAAAAAGAAAAAGAAAAAUGCCACUGAAUAAAAACAACUCUGUCUCCUCCUCCACUUAAAUAAAUGUGUACAACAAUUAUGGAAAGUGUGCAAUAAGAAUAUUAAAAUUAAAAUAAAUCUAGAUUCCUUUUCAGUCAGUGUAGUUAUUAUUAUCACACUAUUAUUGUUCGUUGCUUUCUUCGCGCGCUGCACUUUGUUUUCUUGAACACACCGCGUAAGUGUUCGACGAAAUGCCUGAACCAUGCAAUCUAACACCGCACCCUUUCCUUCGGUGUUUUUUCCUCAUUUGACACUUUCUCUCUUUCCCCCUAUCUUUGUGUCGUUCCCUUCAUCGAGGAAGGUGCAACGGUUCGCGGUUCUUAGCGAGCUUGGUUUAGUUUUUGGGCGCGAGGGUUUUUCCCUCAGGAAAGGGAAUUGUUACUCUCACAAGGAUUUGUGUUGGUCUUGCUCUCGAUUCUUGACGAGGUGUAAGGAUUGGGUUGGAGAUUUAUCGUCUCUAGAGGAGGAGAUUUUGGAGUUUAUGAAGAAUUCGGAUAACCCAGAAACGUUUCCUUCAAAGGAGGAGUUGAUUAAAGCUGGGAGAUUGGAUUUGGCUGAAGCUAUUGUGAAAGAAGGUGGGUGGCUUUCUUAUGGGUGGGAUUUGAGUGAUGGGUCAGUUGAAAGUGUUGAUUUUGAAGGUGGGAGUCGCAGUGAAAUUGAUGGGAAUGGAACUAGAGUUUAUGGGGUUGAUGAUUCUUCCUCUUCUUCUGAAGAUAACUCUUCUCAACCAGCUGAAUCAGUGGAAGUAGAAGUUGAGGAGUCUGGCAUUGAGGGUAUCCUAAAUCGGCUGGAGAAACACAGAAAUAGUUCUUUUGGACGUGGAUUCGGAGAGAAAGAAGAUGGUAUUUCUCCUGACAAUAAAAAAGAUAAAAAGGAACUGGAUUAUAGAACCACAACAGACGGAGUAGCUACCAAUGUUGACAAUAAUAGUAGACCAUGUGCAUUGAACCCAACAACCAGUCCUCUCAGUGGUUCCCAGAUCAAACUUGAUCAGCACAGAUCUCAAUUAGGUUCUGAUAAUUCAAGAAACUCAAUUAAGCCAGAGACGUGGAGAAGUUGGAUUGUUCAGAGGACCGGUUUUUCAGAAGCAGAUUUUGAAGAUGCUGAAAUUGUUCCCAGUGAAAUUCAAAAAGGAGGUAUGAACAAUGUUUCAGGUCAACCUGGAAUGGUCAAAACAGGAGUAGAUUCUCUUGACCUAGUUGGAAAUGCAAAUCACAAUGACAUAAAAUCCCGUAUCCAGCUUCUGGAAUCAGAGCUAUCCUCGGUGCUUCACUCAUUGAGGACUAACACCAAUGAAGUUAGAAUGCUGACGGUAAGGACUAACACCAAUGAAGUUACAAUGCUGACGGAGCCAGAGAACUCUUCUGACGAUCUCGCAAAGCUUUCUGAUGUGUGGGAAUUCCAGGAAACUGAAAUCAUGAAUGCUCAAGCCAGACUGCGUUCAUUACGUGCUAAGCUGGCUGUGUUAGAAGGAAAGAUGACAUUGGCAAUAAUGGAUGCCCAGAAGGUCCUGGAUGAGAAGCAGAAGAAGAUUGAUCAUGUCGACAAAGCUUUGAAACUUCUGAAGACUACUUGUGUAGUUUGGCCUAAUAUUGCUACAGAAGUAUUUUUAGUAGGAUCAUUUGAUGGUUGGUCCUCCCAGAGAAAGAUGGAGAAAUCAGAAACUGGUAUGUUUUCUGUGUGUUUGCAGCUGUAUCCUGGAAAAUAUGAGAUCAAGUUCAUCGUUGACGGUGAAUGGAAAAUUGAUCCGUUGCGUCCAUUGGUUAACAAUAAUGGCCAUGUGAAUAAUCUUCUUGUCGUUCAUGAUUGAUGUAACAAAAAGAUCAAGUGAGGAUGAGAAAAUAUCUGUAGAACACAGGAGAAGAUUACAUGCAUUAGGUUAGUCACCCAAUUUUUUAGCCAAUUUUUCACUCUUGUACAAAGUACAGAGUGAGUAGCUCAUUCUUUUACUUGGUCCUUGUAACACUUGUAGAUGUAGAUAUUUUGAGUAAUAACAAACUAUUCACAUUCAAUCCUUUUUAACACGUUCAUAUAGCUGUGCAACUGGUGUCACACCGUAAUGAUAGGAGUCAAUGUUAGUGGUUUGGGUUUCAAUGUUGUUCUUAGCAUACUCCCUGAUUAAUUGUGGAAGAUGAGAAGUGGUUUAAUUAAGUAUAUUUGAACGGUUCUAGAA